CAUGUCCCUCCCCUGUAGGUCAGGCUCUGUAUGAGGAAGGGACAAGCACACACCUCCCUGCACAGCUUGUCACAACAGGUCCUUCUCAGAGGACACACUCAGUGACCUGGCACUGGCCACCUGAGCUGACACUCCUGCCUCCUCCAAACUGGAUUUAUUUAUUAUUACUCACAUUUUAAAACCAUCUCCAGCAAAUCAGGCUUGUUUUUAGCUGUUUCCAUGCUGCAUUCACCGUAACCCGCUUUAAUAGUUUUACUUCUAUUAAUUCAGAUAUAUAUAUUUUUUUAAUUAUUUUUUUUCCUUAUGAAAAUAAUAAUUGAGUGGCCAUUUUAUUAUUAAGCACUUAAAUUGCACAUUUGAGAUUUUUGGUGUUUAAUUGCAUUUUUUAAAAAAAAUCAUAAUAUAUUUAUUUAAUUUUUUUGGCACACUAACCAGGAAAUCCUUUUUCUGCCUUCAGUAUUUGAAUGGAUUUUUGUCCUGCUUUGCUCUAAUCUUUUUGGAGGGAUUUCUUGAAUAUCUGUUGGUUAUUUGUGAUGUCUGCGUCGGACAUUUACCCACCUCCCUCAGAGGUCUCCAUCAAUGCUCACAUCAACUCUUACGAGAAAUACAAGGAACUAUAUGACAAGUCCGUACAGGAACCCAGCGAGUUCUGGGGAGAAAUUGCAAACUCUUUCUACUGGCGCGUUCCACCUCCCCCGCCGUUUCUGAGAUAUAAUUUUGAUGUAACGAAAGGAGAUAUUUUCAUUGAGUGGAUGAAAGGAGGUGUAACCAAUAUUUGCUACAAUGUACUCGACAGAAAUGUUCAUGAUAAGAAACUGGGAGACAAAGUGGCAUUUUACUGGGAGGGGAAUGAACCAGGUGACUCUAUGUCCAUUACAUACUCUGAACUCCUAGGGAAGGUCUGCCAGUUUGCCAAUGUCCUGCGUGCUCAAGGAGUCAAGAAGGGGGAUCGUGUGUCCAUUUAUAUGCCUAUGGUGAUUGAACUUGUGGUGGCUAUGCUUGCGUGUGCCAGAAUUGGAGCUAUCCAUUCUAUAGUGUUUGCAGGGUUCUCUGCAGAGUCUUUGUGUGAACGUAUUUUGGACUCUCACUGCUCACUCCUGAUCACCGCAGAUGGCUUUUAUCGUGGGGAUAAACUAAUUAACCUAAAGCGGAUUGCUGAUGACGCUCUGAAGAAAUGUACAGAGAAGAAUCAUCCUCUUGGGAAAUGCAUUGUGCUGAGGCACUUGGGAAGAGACGACUCUGUGUGUGACGGAACAAAUAAAACCUCACCUCCAUGCAAACGGCCGUGUCCUGAUAUGCAGGGAAAAAAGCAGGAAAAAUCAAAGAGAGCUCCUCCCCAGACCAUGUGGAACCCAUCCAGAGAUCAAUGGUGGCAUGACCUGAUAAAAGACGUCAGCCUGGAGUGUGAGCCUGAAUGGUGUGAUGCAGAAGAUGAACUUUUUAUUCUUUACACCAGCGGCUCCACUGGAAAACCCAAGGGAGUAGUGCACACAGUGGGUGGAUAUAUGAUAUUCACUGCUACAACCUUCCAGUAUGUGUUUGAUUACCAUCAAGAUGACGUGUACUGGUGUACCGCUGACAUCGGAUGGAUCACCGGCCACUCCUACCUCACCUAUGGACCCCUAGCCAAUGGAGCAACCAGUGUUUUAUUUGAAGGCCUCCCAAUAUACCCAGAUAUUUCCCGAAUGUGGCAGAUCAUCGAUAAGUAUAACGUGAGCAAAUUUUAUACGGCCCCGACAGCCAUUCGACUGCUGAUGAAGUAUGGAGAUGAACCAGUGGAAAGGUAUAGCAGGAAGUCGCUGAAGGUAUUGGGAACAGUUGGAGAGCCAAUUAACCCUGAAGCCUGGCUGUGGUAUUACAAUGUUGUUGGAGGAAAGAGAUGUCCGAUUGUGGAUACAUUUUGGCAAACUGAGACGGGAGGUCAUGUCCUAACCCCUCUCCCAGGAGCGACUGUCACAAAACCCGGAUCAGCUACGUUCCCAUUUUUUGGAGUGGUUCCUGCUAUUUUGAAUGAGUCUGGGGAGGAGCUGGAAGGUGAAGCUGAAGGAUAUUUGGUGUUUAAACAGCCGUGGCCAGCCCUUAUGCGCACAGUGUACGGAAACCACCAGCGGUUUGAGACCACUUAUUUUAAAAAGUUCCCAGGAUACUAUGUAACGGGAGAUGGCUGCAAAAGGGACAGUGAUGGAUAUUACUGGAUCACUGGCCGAAUAGAUGACAUGCUUAAUGUUUCAGGCCAUUUGUUGAGUACAGCAGAAGUCGAGUCUGCACUUGUAGAACACUCUUCCGUGGCAGAGGCUGCAGUGGUGAGCCACCCACAUCCUGUGAAAGGGGAAUGUCUGUAUUGCUUUGUGACGUUACGGGAUGGACAUGAGUUCACAAAAACACUGAGCGACCAGCUCAAAAACCUAGUAAGGGAAAAGAUUGGACCAAUCGCCACUCCAGAUUAUAUUCAGAAUGCCCCUGGACUACCAAAAACACGCUCAGGUAAAAUCAUGAGACGGGUGUUGAGAAAUAUUGCCAAAAAUGAUAGGGAUUUGGGUGACAUUUCAACCCUAGCAGAUACCUCUGUGAUUAAUCAGCUAUUUGAAAACAGAUGUCAGACGGUGCAUUAAGGCACAACCAAUGGGAAUCGUUAAGACGAGUUAACAAAUGUUGGAUAUUGUAGCCAUAUCAGUCUCUGCGCUUUGUAUGAAGGAGUAAUUACUAUGUGUUGUAUGUGCAGAUUGUGUCUUUGUCUUGUGACUGCGAUCUUGUGGUUGUUUCAAACUGUAAAUUUUAUCCCAGUAUAAUUAUGUUUUUAGCUUGAAUUCAGAAACCCUCCAUACUAAAUCCUAUGUGAAGCAGAUCCUUUAUCAAGCGUCUGCUAAACACUCCAGUAGGGAGCCAAAACAUUAAUUUAAAUCAAUAAAGACUGCUCAGGCAUCUUUCUUUGUAUUGAAGCACUGAAUAACUAUCCUUGAUUGAAAGAACUAUAUUGGUUUUAUUUUUAAUCUCUAUACAUACAGUUGCCAGGGCCUACACUUACCAUAAUACUGAGCACCAGGUUUUCUGUAGCCCUUGUAGAAGUAGCUGAUGGUGAAAAUACUAACCCCUUUUAAUGUAGCAAUGACGAGCUACAUUAACGCUGUCUAAUGCUAGUCUGUGCGGCUGUUAUUGUUAAGAGAAUGACUGUAACUAUAAGCUAGCAGCAGGUGGGAGGCAAAGGAUAGAUCCUGCUUAUUUUAUGGCUUUGGAUUGGAGUAGAAUCACACAAGUUAAUAUUUUGAAAACCGUCUGAAUGUAUGCAAGCUGUGUAAUUUAAGGGCAUUAUUCUUAUAAGACAGGCCAUCAUUGGAACCCUUGAUGGGCUCGGUUAAUACUUAUGAUAUAAAGCACGUGGUCUCGCGUAGGAUACCAAAUGGUGUAAAACUACUGAUACUGUAAUGCUUUGCUUGGCUUAAGGGAUGGCAAAAGAAA